CCGAGUGGACAGAGAGCGUGGCCUCCCGCCAUCGGCGCCAGGCUUCGUUUUGGAAAAUUCCGUUUGACUUCACAACACGAAAUUUGGUAGACACGCUUUACCAACCCUACUCGCCGGCACGGACGGCUAUUAAUAGACGACGAAGACGAAGACGCGAUCGGGCCCCUCCCGACCGGGGCGACCUCGCCCGACUAAGCGGCCGGCCGCAAUCCCGUUAGCGACGACACGGGAUCACGGCGGCGAAGAUUUGCCACGGACACCUCAUUAGGUACGCCGCCUCGUGGCAUCCUGACGCUCGCUUCUGAUUGGUGCUGUCAGGCAUGGCGGCGUUGCAUCAUCAAGGCAGCUGCUUCUGAUGUUCUCACUGCAGCAUUUCAAACCGCUUGGCGGAAGGAGCAAUUCACAGAUGAUGAUGAUGAUGAUGAUGACGACAGCGGCGUCUCACCUUCAUCGGAUGACUGACAGAAAGACGGGCGACAAAUUGCGGAUGAGGGCCCGCACCUACUCGGAACGUUCGAGAACUCGGGACGUGGCUGAAAGAGCCAAUGACAAACAAGGAAUGGGACGAAAUAAAAGAAGUCAGGUGGAGUGGAGACUCGGCUCCCCUCCGGAGAGUUCCGGAAAAAGCCGAACGGACUCACAAGCGGGACGAGCAUUGGAGCGAGCGCGCCACGCACGCCACGUUGACGUCUCAUCAUUGUUUUAUGACGUCAUACAUUCAUCGGAGACGUUGAGCCGUCGUACCUGGAGCGCCGAGCGUGACGUCAGAGGAUGCCGCUGUGCCAAAAGGUCAACACGGCGACGGACGGCGGCGAGGGCGCGUUGCGCGUGAACGUGGGCGGGCUGAGGCGCAGCGUCCGCUGCGGCGCGCUCGCCAAAUUCCCGGACACGCGGCUGGGGAAACUGCUGGAGUGCCGCUCGGAAGAGGACAUCCUGCAGGUGUGCGACGACUACGACGUGCAGCGGAAGGAAUUUUACUUCGACAGGAAUCCCGGCGUGUUCCCGUACGUGCUGCACUUCUACCACACGGGAAAACUUCACGUCACGGACGAGCUCUGCGUCUUCUGCUUCAGCCAGGAGAUGGAGUACUGGGGCAUCGCCGACUUCUUCCUGGACUCGUGCUGCAGUUUUCGUUACCACGAGCGCAAACUGGGAAGCCGCCGCCGGGCCAGCCGGGACGACGACGACGACGGCGACGACGACGACAUCGGCGGCGACCGCGCCGAAGACGACGACAUACGGAGACUGCGCACGGAGCUGCAGCACUUCGCCGACGUCCGGUGCGGCGGCGUGCGUAAGCGUCUGUGGCUGACGUUGGAGAAUCCCGGCUACUCGCUUCCCGGCAAGUUGUUCAGCGCGUUGUCCGUCGGCGUCGUGCUCGCGUCCCUCGCCGCCAUGUGCGUCAAAAGCAUUCCCGAAUAUCAGACGUUCGACCGCGACGGGAAAUCGACGGACGAGCCGAGCGCCGUCGCCGUGGAAGCGCUCAGCAGCUGCUGGUUCACCUUGGAGGUGUUGCUGCGUUUCCUGCUGUCUCCAAACAGGAAGCGGUUCUUGCUCCGCCCCCUCAACGUGAUCGACGUGGCGUCCGUUCUUCCGGUCUACGUGACGCUCGUCUGCGAGCGGACGCUCGGCGACCGAUCGCAGGGACGCCCGCUCCAGGUUUUCCGCCUGUUGCGGCUCUUCCGGGUGCUGAAGCUGGCUCGCCACUCCACCGGCCUGCGCUCGCUGGGGGCCACGCUCAGGCACAGCUACCGCGAGGUGGGCAUCCUGCUGCUCUACCUGGCCGUGGGCGUGUCCGUCUUCUCCGGGAUGGUCUACACCGCAGAGUACCAGGAAGUGACGAGUCGUGUUUGGCAAAUCAAGUGCCUAAUGAGGCGUCCGUAUGUGUGCGUGCGCGCUCAGGACACGGGCCUGGACACGAUCCCGGCGUGCUGGUGGUGGGGCACGGUGAGCAUGACGACGGUGGGCUACGGCGACGCGGUGCCCGUCACGGUCGCCGGGAGGCUGGCGGCCGCCGGCUGCAUUCUGGGCGGCACCCUGGUGGCGGCGCUGCCCAUCACGCUCAUCUUCAACAAGUUCUCGCACUUCUACCGCCGACAGAAGGGGCUCGAGGCGUCCGUCCGCGACCCGCCCGAGACGCGGGACCCGGGCGCGGGGGGCGUGGUCAACUACAGCUACGUGGAGCACGCCGCCCCCCGCGCGGCGGGGCGGCCGCCGUGACCCCGCCCCGUUUGGGCCGUACUUGGAUUCCCAACACCAAAUUCUUUUAGCUUCAAAAUAAAACAAUUCAAAAUCUGUUGAACUUCUAAAAUUAAAAACAAAAAUACAAAUGUAAAGGAGUUCAACAUCUCAAUUUCUAUUUCGGGAUUUUUUUGGUGUGACAAAUUUGACAAUUGGAAACUUCAGUGUAAAACAAUUCUUAAUCUUUUCAGAAUUUCAAUUUCUAACUGUUUUUUUUUUUUUAACUGUUGAAAGCCAUUCAAAGUUGCAAUUAGACACCGAUGAAACCGUUUUGGUUGUUGUUGUUUAAAUUUCGUGUUGUAAAUUGCUUCGAAGGCGGCGGCCGGAUGUCCCGAACGUCGCGCCGCCGCCGCCGCCGCCGCCUCAUCCGCGUGAUACCAAAGAAGCCCAAUAAAAAGCACG